AUGAAUCCCAAGGAAGAAAAAGUCAAGAUCAUCACUGAGGAGUUCCUGGACCAUGAGGAGGAUGGCCAGGCAGAAAGACCGAAGAAAAGCUCCAAGGUACAAAGACAAAGGAGGAAGAAGCAGCCGCGGCCGACUGCUGUUCCCGAGGAGAUGGUGUCGGGAAAACCCCUGGAUGACAGCCCACAGGAACUGGAGCAGGAAGAGCCCGAGACUGGCCUCCUGACCGUGACAGGCCGGCGAGGCCCCCGAAGCUUGCCGCCAAUUCCUGCAGCUUCCAGAACGGGCUUUGCAGAAUUUUCCAUGAGGGAGCGCAUGAGGGAGAAGUUACAAGCCGCACGGUCCAAAGCAGAAAGUGCCCUGCUGCAGGAAGUUCCCACGCCGCGGCCCAGGCGCUUACAGAGUCCCGCUGUUAAAGAAUUGGAGACGGGGUUUGGCAUGGAGCCAGAGAAAGUAGCAGAAGAGACUCAGCAUGAAGAUGAUACCCGAAGUCAUUCAAGAGUAAAGUUCCGUGAGGCGGCACGGAAAAUCACGUCUAAGCCUCCGGUUCCCCCUGGCUUCCCCUCUGCAGAAGAGGCCUACAACUUCUUUACUUUCAACUUCGAUCCCGAACCGGACGCACCAGAGGAAAAGCCAAAAGCAAAACCCAGAGACGCAGCUGGUGGAGAGGAGGAGGAACAGGAGGAGGAAGGGGAGGCAGAGGAGGCACCCGCACGAGAAGGAGCCACCAAGACGGAUGAAGAGGGGCUGCUGGGUGAUGAUGACGCGGAGGACUUACUGCUGGGUUUGGAGCACUCCGCUGCGGAUUUUGUGGCCAUCAGACCGGCAGAUUAUGAAAGCGUCCAUGUUCGGAUGCAGAUGGAAAGAGACAUCCUCUUCAUACCCAGCAGGCAGACAGUUCCCACCUACAAAAAGCUUCCCGAGAAUGUGCAGCCCCGAUUCCUGGAAGACGAAGGCCUCUACACCGGGGAGAGACCACAGGUGCCCCGCACCAACCAGAACAUCGCCGAGAACAGACUGCUCACCCAAGAUCCCGGCAGAAGCUGGUUUGGGGAUGACGGCAGGAUCCUGGCACUGCCCAAUCCCGUCAAGGCCUUUCCUGCGAGACCGCCAGCACUGAAGCAGGAGCAGGACAUGAAGGAAGACCUGGAAAUAUUCUACAAAAAGGCGGUCAAAUACGUGAGCGGUAGUCAGCACUUGGGAGGAACUGCAGAGUGUCCGGGCAACUUCCAGCUGGACAUUGACAUUUCAGGCUUGAUAUUCACUCACCACCCGUGUUUUAGCAGAGAGCAUGUUCUGGCUUCCAAGCUGGCUCAGUUAUACGACCAGUACCUUGCAAGACGUCAGAGAAACAAGGCCAAGUUUCUGAACGAUAAGCUCCAAGCUCUCAGAAAUGCUGUUGAGAUCAACCUUCAACCAGCAAAACCUCCCGAGUCCCUCGAUGCCACCCACAAGGCCAUCAGUGACUAUAAAUCUGAAAUUCGGCUAACAAGAAAACUCCGUGAUGCAGAACAAGAGAAAGACCGAGCCUUGCUUAAGACCAUCAUAAAGGUUUGGAAAGAGGUGAAAUCCCUCCGAGAGUUCCAGAGGUUUACAAACACACCUUUGAAACUUGUUUUGAGAAGGGAAAAGGCUGAUCAGAAAGCAGAUGAGGAAGCCUAUGAAGGAGAAAUCCAAGCGGAACUCCGCGAAGUGCUGGAAGAGCACCGGGCAGACUAUGAGCAGCGAAUGGAAGAGUACAGAGCUGCACAUCAGCGGUGGAAAGACUGGAAGAAAGCCCAGAGGGCCAAGAAGAAGAAGAAGAAAGAAGCUGGAGAAGAGCAGCCCGAUGAGGAGACUGAGGAGCCGAUUGCUGGGGAGGAGCCUGUGAAGCCUGUCCCUCCAGCGCUCACCGACCCAGCAGUGAUUGAGCAAGAGGUGAGGGAUCGAGCGGCCCACAGCUGGAGGAGGCCUGGGGAGCCCAUGCUGGUCCCAGAGCUGAGCCUGGCGGGGAGCGUGACACCCAACGACCAGUGUCCCAGGGUGGAGGUCCUGAGACGGGAGGAUGUGAAGAGACGCUCCGUGCACUUGAAGGUGUUGUUCAACAACAAGGAGGUGUCCAGGACGGUCACUCGGCCACUGGGGGCCGACUUCCGUGUCCACUUCGGACAGAUUUUCAAUUUGCAAAUAGUCAACUGGCCAGAGAGCUUAACGCUGCAGGUAUAUGAAACAGUUGGACACGGAGGCCCCACCUUGCUAGCAGAAGUGUUUCUGCCUGUCCCGGAAACGACAGUUGUCACUGGAAGGGCUCCCAUCGAAGAGGUUGAGUUUAGCAGCAAUCAGCAUGUGACCCUGGACCACGAGGGAGUCGGAAGUGGCGUCCCCUUCUCUUUUGAAGCUGAUGGAAGUAACCAGCUGAUCCUAAUGACCUCGGGGAAAGUGUCCAACAGUGUGGCGUGGGCUGUCGGUGAGAACGGCAUCCCCCUGAUCCCGCCACUGUCACAGCAGAACAUUGGAUUUCGGAGUGCUUUGAAGAGAGCGGAUGCCAUCUCAUCCAUUGGCACAUCAGGACUGACGGACAUGAAGAAGCUGGCCAAGUGGGCAGCCGAGUCCAAGCUGGACCCGAACGACCCCAACAACUCCCCUUUGAUGCAGAUGAUCUCGGUUGCUACCAGCGGCGAGUCCUAUGUCCCUGAUUUCUUCCGGCUGGAACAGCUGCAGCAGGAGUUUAACUUUGUUUCGGAUGAGGAACUGAAUAGAUCCAGACGGUUCCGAUUGCUUCAUCUGAGGAGUCAAGAGGUGCCUGAGUUCCGAAAUUAUAAGCAAGUCCCGGUGUAUGACAGAGAGAUUAAGGAAAAGGUAUUCCAGGACUAUGAGAAACGGCUACAAGACAGAAAUGUUAUUGAAACCAAGGACCACAUAGAUGCUCAUAGGGCCAUGGUAGCCAAGUACCUACAGCAGGUCAGAGAGUCUGUGAUCAAUCGCUUCCAAAUUGCAAAGCACCACUUUCUUCUUUCUGACUUGGUAGUAGAAGAAGAAGUUCCCAACAUCAGUUCUGAAGGCUCAGGCAUUUUGGGCCUGAGCCUCUUCAAGCUGGCCGAACAAAAGCGACCACUGAGGCCGAGGAGGAAAGGACGGAAGAGGGUUACAGCCCAGAACUUGUCUGAUGGGGACAUCAAGGUGCUGGUGAACAUCAUCCGGGCCUACGACAUCCCCGUGAGGAAGCCCAUGCCCAGUAAAUUCCAGCAGCCAUCCAGAUCUUCAAGGACUUUUGGUGAAAAGCAUGCUACUUCCCCGACCACCCACAGCCCGACCCAUGAUGCCAACUACCCCCUCGGCCAGGUUCUAGUACGUCCCUUUGUCGAAGUUUCUUUUCAACGAACUAUUUGCCACACGACGACGGCUGAAGGACCGAACCCCAGCUGGAAUGAGGAACUUGAACUCCCAUUCAGAGCCCCCAAUGGUGAUUACAGCACAACCAGCCUACAGUCCGUGAAAGACGAUGUGUUCAUUAACAUUUUCGACGAGGUCCUCUAUGAUGCCACUGAGGAUGACAGGGAAAGAGGAAGCGGCAUCCACACGCGCAUAGAGAGACACUGGCUGGGAUGCGUCAAGAUUCCCUUUAGCACCAUAUACUUCCAAGCGCGGAUUGAUGGGACGUUUAAAAUAGACGUGCCCCCCGUUCUCCUGGGCUACACCAAGGAGAGGAACGUGUUUGUGGAGCGGGGUUUCAAUUCCACGCACAGCCUAAGCGAAGGCUCCUACCUCACCCUGUUCAUGACCAUCGAGCCUCAGCUGGUCCCUGGUGAGCCUCUCCGAGAAAAGAUGACUAUCAUGCUUAAAAAGUUUGAGUCUCAGGAAGAUGAGAAGUUGCUCCAAGCAGCAGAGAAGUUUCAAGCUGAAUGUGCCUUGAAGUUUCCAAGACGCCAGUGCCUUUCAACAGUAAUUGACAUCAGUGGGAAGACAGUUUUUAUCACUCGCUAUCUCAAGCCUUUAAACCCGCCUCAGGAACUCCUUAACGUCUGCCCCAGUGAUCCCCAGGCCACCGCGGAGCUGGUGGCUCGCUACGUGUCUUUGAUCCCGUUCUUGCCUGACACCGUCUCCUUUGCUGGUGUCUGUGACCUCUGGAGUACGUCCGACCAAUUUCUCGACCUUCUGGCGGGGGACGAGGAGGAGCACGCGGUGCUGCUGUGUAACUACUUUCUGUUUCUGGGGAAGAAGGCCUGGCUCGUGGUGGGCAGCGCGAUCCCCGAGGGUCCAACUGCCUAUGUGUUAACCUGGGAGCAAGGUCAUUAUUUAAUGUGGAAUCCCUGCACUGGACACUUCUACGGACAGUUUGACACAUUUUGUCCCUUAAAAAGCGUGGGCUGUUUAAUAGGACCUGAUAAUAUUUGGUUUAAUAUUCAACAGUAUGAUUCUCCUCUAAGGAUAAACUUUGAUGUCACCAAGCCCAAGCUAUGGAAACCCUUCUUUUCAAGAAGCCUUCUGUACCCUGGCCUGUCCAGUGUUCAGCCAGAGGAGCUGAUCUACCAGCGCACAGACAAGGUGGCCGCAGCUGAGCUCCAGGACAGGAUUGAAAAAAUCCUCAAGGAGAAAAUCAUGGGCUGGCGGCCCCGCCACCUGACCCGGUGGAACCGGUACUGCACGUCGACGCUGCGCCACUUUCUGCCGCUGCUGGAGCAGAGCCAGGGCGAGGAGGUGGAGGACGCACACCGGGCCGAGCUGCUGCGGCAGCUGGGGGACUACAGGUUCUCUGGAUUCCCCCUGCACAUGGCCUACUCGGAGGUGAAGCCCCUGGUGGAAGCAGUGUACAGUACCGGAGUCCACAACAUCGAGGUUCCCAACGUUGAAUUUGCCUUGGCUGUCUAUAUCCACCCGUACCCCAAAAAUGUCUUGUCUGUUUGGAUCUAUGUUGCCUCCCUUAUACGAACCAGGUAA